AUGGGUAAACUAGGAGACACAGAUCUAAAGCACACCAGGAAAACAAAAACAAGAGCAUCUACAGAGAAACAUCGACUGACACUGAACAAGGAAAACAUACGGCACAGCUACAGAGAGGUUGGAAUCUUAUUACUGUACCUGGCAGUGGGUGUAUCAGUGUUCUCCGGAAUGGCUUACACUGCAGAAUAUGAGGAAGAUGUUGGUUUGGACACAAUCCCAGCCUGCUGGUGGUGGGGGACAGUUAGUAUGACAACAGUGGGAUAUGGAGAUGUGGUGCCAGUGACAGUGGCAGGAAAGCUGGCAGCAUCUGGCUGCAUUCUGGGCGGCACAUUAGUUGUGGCACUACCCAUCACCAUCAUUUUCAACAAGUUUUCACAUUUUUACCGCAAACAAAAAGCUCUUGAGGCAUCAGUGAGAAACAACAACAACAAGACGCUUAUAAUGAGACAACAGAGAAACAGUGGAGACACUGAAAUACAUGGGCAUAACCACUGUUUGGAGGAUGGAGAAAAGGAUGAAGAUGUGACUUAUGAGAGAGGAGUUGUCAACUAUUGCUACGAAGACCAUCCACUGACAUAUACAGUCUGAUGUGUCCACUAUGCAAGAGAAGUAAUUAGUGUUUAAGUCAAAGAUAUUAUACCAAUAUUAAACAUCAUAUUCUGACUUAAAAUACAGAUGGGUGACAAAUUAAAGGAAAAUCUGGGGGAUCCGUUGGCUCUGUUAUGCUGUGGGGGGCAUUUUGAUGACAUGAUCUUUGAGGGAAGGGUCACAGCAAAUCAAUACAAAGGGUUUUUCUCAGUCAGAAUGCUGCAUCUUAGUGAGGUUGCAUCCUUCCUAGACCAUGCAGUCCUUCUGAGGCUUUUAGGCUAGAAUGAGACAGACUAGUAAGUCUGCAUGGCUGUGCCAUAAAGGUUUCUGCCGCCGCAUUCACAGCAUGAAAAUGCUAUUAAAUUGAAUUUGGGUAAAAUAUUUUAUGCUAAAAAUCUUUAUAUUAUCUGACUUUUUUUUUUAUUUUUUAAAUACUUUAUUUAUUAGAUUUUUCCUUUAACAUAUCAAAACCAUACAUCACACAUAAACCAACACACAUUCACUCACAUCUCACAUAUAACUAUCCAGCAAAUAGUUACACAACAGUAAAAAAAAACACAAAAAAGAAAAUACACGGAGAAAACAACAGUAGACUAUAUGUAUAAAACAAAAGUGGGGGGCAUUAGUCCAAUAAACACCUCAAGUAUGAAUUCUCUUCUUAGCUCAAUUAACCAUUUAUCUCAAUAGAUCAAUUCAACCACUUCCUGUAGAACCAAU